AUGUCAGGGGGCAGAGGAUGGGGGGUGCUGGCAGGACGGAGGACGGGGGUCACUGCUGGCAGGGCGGAGGACGGGGGUCACUGCUGGCAGGGCAGAGGACGGGGGUCACUGCUGGAAGGGCGGAGGACAGGGGUCACUGCUGGCAGGGCGAAGGACAGGGGUCACUGCUGGCAGGACAGAGGACAGGGGUCACUGCUGGCAGGGCAGAGGACAGGGGUCACUGCUGACAGGGCAGAGGACAGGAGUCACUGCUGGCAGGGCAGAGGACAGGGGUCACUGCUGGCAGGGCAGAGGACGGGGGUCACUGCUGGCGAGGCAGAGGACGGGGGUCACAGCUGGCAGGGCGGAGGAUGGGGGUCACUGCUGGAAGGGCAGAGGACGGGGGUCACUGCUGGAAGGGCAGAGGACAGG